CCACACAACACCACGACGCCCAAUCUUUCUCCAUCGAAAUUAAACGGUGAUCGAUUGUGUAGUAGUAGUGUUGUUGUGGGGAAUCUAUCUUACCUUGCUAGCUAGCUCCAUAAUGAAGAAUACCAUGAUCAUCACCUUCUCUCGUGUGUUGCUUCUCAUUGUCACCGUCGUGAUUUGCCUGCAGGCCAGCCGCAGCAACGCCGCCCGACCGGCCACAGAUAAUCAAGAUUCAUGCGCCGACUAUAAAGCAGCAGCAGUUAGCUGCUACGACUUUAUCGCCCAGCCGGCUGACAAGAGCGUCCCUUCUGACAAGUGCUGCUCAGGCCUCAGGGACUACAAGAACAAGGACCUGAAAAACGCAUGUUCCUGCUCUCGCACUUUCAUGUCUCAGCUUGACAAACCCCACGUCGACAAACUUGAGCAGCAGUGCACCCUAAACAUGGAAACUGCCUGCAAAGGGUGCGUAUAUUAUAUAUCCAUAUCUUCCUUCUCCUCCUUCAAUUCGACGAUUAUUAAUGUUCUUCUAUUUCAUUGUCUCGCUCUUUGUACAGCGUUUAACUCCGUCAUAUGCUGAUCAACUCGAUCGGUCCAUCUCCUUCAUCACGUUCACCAACCAAGCAGUUUCAAGCAAGCACAGUGGGAGAAAACUGCAGGCACAACCUACCUACCUACCUACAACUAAUAUAUCUUUCCUCCGAUCCGAUCCAUCCAUUCUCCUUCUAAAUUAAAAAAUAAAUGUCUUAAUAAUUA